CCAGCAGCGGACGAAAUUGCCGCCCGAGAGGCCAGGGCGGCGCAGGCCAAGGUGCUGGACCGCUUCUGGGGAGCCCUGAGACACGUUUUGGACAACGGGGGACCCAACUCCAGACUCCACGACGUGGCUCAGCUGGAAUACGCUGUCCCGGAUUCGUUGAUGCCCUUUGACCCGCAGGACCCGGAGGCUGCGAUGGCGGCGGCGACCCAAAUGUUUGACGGCGUGUCCAAUCUCAUCUACGACUGUCUGGAGUGGCGCAGGCAGCACCGGCACUACCUGGACAGCGCCAACUUCAUCCGUGUGCCUUCGGUGGUUUGGGGCCAGGACGCGCCGCCGCCUGCCGAGACUACAGCUUCUGUGUCCCCCCAUUCCAAGAAGUCGGGGCGGCCGCCUGCCCCGAAAAAGCCGCCCUCAUCCCUUACCACCGACGUGGACAUGAAUCACUACGCGGGCCUGUUGGAGCAGGUCCCAGCCGAGGCCUGCUCGGUGGCGCUCAUCUUGCACUGCAUGCUGGAGCAGGUGGCUGUGUCGAGCGAGCAGGCGCCCGACGACGGCGAGCCUCAGACGGCUCUCGACUUGGACCGUCACGCGCUGGGCCGAAUGCUGCACAAGGUCCUGCCUCAGGUCCACGCAGAGGACGAGAGGAGAGACUUGCUGUGUAGUUUGUUGAGCGCGGUGGAGCGAGAAGAGGACAAGCAGAUGCUUAAGGAAGAGUUUGGCGCCGAGGAGACGCCCAGGAGGCGCCAGCAGCAGCAGCAGCAGCAGCAGCAGCAGCAGCCUGUCAUCGUCCGCCACCACGACGAAAGGGCGCGCCGCUUCAUUGGCGUAACUGCCACUCCGAGUUUGGAUCCGGCCCAGGAGGAGGCGUCCGUGAUGAGGCGCUCGCCGGCGUGGCAGCUCAUCGACUCUGUGGCCCGGCGCCGUUGCGACGCCUCGUGUUGGAGGGUGGUCAAGCAACAGCUCCAGCGCCAGUGCACCGGAGAUGAGGUGUCGUGGCCCCAGGCGGAGCACUUCUUCCAGCGCAGCGUGCUGGAGAGCAUGCUGCUGAGCCAGGUGGAGGAGGACGGCGUCCUGGGAAAAGACUGCAGAGCUUUGGGAAUGGCGCAUCAGGCCAAGGAGCAGCCCGUCAUCCCCUGGGAUGACCCGCUGUCCUUUGCAAAGCACAAGUUUAGCAACCUGCGCAGGAAAUGUCCGCCGCCGCCCCUCAAACCUUUUUCCCUUUGCGCCGGCAGACGCGCUCACCCUCCCCUCCUUGUCUCUGCCGCCGCAGGCCCCACCUUUCUCCAGGAAGAGGAGGUGUUUCUUCUUCUUUCUUUCUUGCUUCUGUUUGUUCUUCUUGUCUUUUUUUUGAAUUGUGCCUGCCAAACGCAGCAGAUCAGCGAGCGGGAAAGCGCCGAGCGGGAAAGCGCCGAGCGGGAAAGCGCCGAGCGGGAAAGCGCCGAGCGGGAAAGCGCCGAGCGGGAAAGCGCCGAGCGGGAAAGCGCCGAGCGGGAAAGCGCCGAGCGGGAAAGCGCCGAGCGGGAAAGCGCCAAGCGGCUCGACCUGCGCGACAUUCAGAGCUGCCGGCGGAGGUGCCUCCGGGACUGGGACUACGUGGAACGCCACGAGGCGGGUGUCUUCCCGCAGGUCCUCCACUCAGCUGCCCAGCGGUAUCGCUGUGUGGACACGCACAGAGGAAGUCACAAUAACGUCCUCUACGUCUUCUGCCACAAUCCCAUGAGUCCCGAUCGCUUGUGCAAGGAGUUCUGGGACGUGGCCAUUCACACCGACGUCAAGUUCCGGACUUUCAAGGAGCACGUGGCAGACACCAUUGCAGACUGGCUUGAGAAGGAGGAGCUGAAGAAACAGUUGUCGGCGAGCGACCGCACAAGUUCUGCAGCGCAAGCUUCAGAAAGUUUGCCAGAGGAAGAUGACGAAUCCCGGGAGCAAUUUGUCACCGGAAGCUCACUCAAGGCGGCCAAGCUGGAGGAAGACAAGCUGAAGGAAGAGGAAGGCAAGAAAGGCAAGAAGCCGGCCAAGGCGGCCACGGGCAAGAAGCAGCAGCCGGCGGAGAACGCCAAGUCCACCGAGACCAAGAAGAGCGACAAAUCGGCGGUGGGCAAGAGCAAAGCCGCGGAGAGCAGCUCCACGGCCGCUGCCGCCGACGCGGCGCCGCCCAGCACAGCGGACGACAAAGAGGAGGCCGGCGGCAGCGGAUUCGCCGGCUUCCACAUGGACGGAAUGCUGGUCCACCUGUCAGGGUCUCUCCAGUACCUCUUCCCUGCGGCCGGGGGGCACGUUACCGUGGAGACCAUCAGCUACGUGGAGGGUUCCAGCAUGCUGAAAGUGGCCGUGAGCAAAGACGGCCACCGCUUGUACACGCACGUGGACCGAGCGCUUACGAGAAAUGGCGGCAAAGAGCAUCCGGUCAGGACGGCCGCGGCCACCAGGCGCUCCUUCUCGGCCUUGCUGGACAGCGGCGUCCGGCUGGCUUACACCUUUGAGGGACCGGCAAAGGACAAAGGCAAAGCCUCGGACGGGAGCCUCAAGGAACCGGAGGAAGAGUCGACGUCCAAGGGCGAUGGUGCCGAGCAGCCGCGUGACAGCCCGUCGUCGCGGACGUGCCCCCCCCCGAGGCCGCUGGCCGGCCUCAGCUUGUCCAUCCCCAGUGGCCUACUUGUGCAGUUCAUGCGCCAAGACGGGGAGCCGAGCGUGCUGGUGCGGCUGAGUUUUCACGCCACGGGUCGCCGCGGCCCCGCUCUGGCCAAGGAGGCGUCCCGCACCGUUACGGCCCAGGGAACCGUCAUCCGAUACAUGAGGGACGGCUCCAGCCAGGUGCUCUUUGCGGACGGCACGGUCAGCUCCAGCCUUGAUUCCGGCCCGGUGUGGGUACCCGAGGCGGAAGAAGACACGACGGAUGAGCAAAACCCCGAGAACCAGCCGGCGUCUCCUCCUCGAGGGUAUUGGGCAACGACCACGCCCUGCGGCACGCGCAUCUGCACCGUGGGUAGCACGCACGAGCAGAGUCCCGCCUGCGCUCUGUUGAGCUACGUGACCUCCGACCCGGUCACUCACGAGGUGAUGCUGAGCCGCGAAGAUCUGGUGGUGACGGUGAAGCGGCCGGACGGAUCGGUGAGCGUCGAUCACGCGGACGGAACCAGAAUCACCACCUUCUACCGGGACAGGCCUGGAAGCGCUGCUGAGGAGGGAGGGAGAGAGAAGGUGGUGGCGGUGGAGAACGAGGCCUGCGCCACCGUCUUGAUGUACCCCGAACGACACGUGGCCGAAAUCUGGUUGGCGGACGGCACCGUGGUCACCUCCGAUAACCAGGGAGCUUAUCAGGUGGUCCCGUCCAGCAUCGGACUCCUGCGCAUCCAAAGCGACGGCAAGUGCGUCUACUCCAGCGGAGCGCUCCGGGACGGCCGCCCCGCCUACAUCAUGAGUCCCACCGACAAAGUGGCCUGCGACGUCACAGACGUGGAUGGAAAUCACUUUCAGGUGUCGCAAGACGGCCAGGUGAGCGUGCGCUCUGUUGGCCCAGCCCCAAGGACGCUGCAAGAGGACGACGAAGACGAGGACAAAGAUGGGACGGGGGGGCCCCGAGACCACUCUCCCAGGCUGUUCCUGGUGCACGAGGACGGUUCCGGUUCGGAGCUCAUGAGUAGCCGAGCCGUGUCGGAGCUGCUGAAGCGGGCCCGCUCGGACCCCGCCGCGGCCGUGCUGAAGGACCCGCUGCCGGACUCGCCAGGUGAGUUUGGCAUCACCGUCCUGAAACCCGGCACGGAAAACGUGCGCUCCAAGUGGGUGCACGUCAAGCUGGACCCCAACGCCAUACAUCAGAGCCUUCGGAACCGCAGCGGGCGGGAUUGCGCCCCAUUUGAGACGACUCACAGUCCUCCGUUCGGGAGCACUGCAGGACAGGGGCCCGGCCUGAAAAAGCUCAGCGGCGGCGGCGUCCUCAGCUGCCCCAAAGUCCUGGAGAUAAGGGAAGUUCAGCAGCACAGGGCCUUCGGUCGACAGCUCCGAGACACGGUGGACACGUGGCUGAAGGAAUACAUCGAGAGUUUGAUGGAGAAGGCGAGCUGGUCGGCCGACGCGACGCUCAAGGAGCCUCGCGGCGAGGUGGAACGAGCCCACGCCGGGCUUCUGCUCAGUCAGUCCUUCGCAGAGGAGCCGGAGCACCGGGAACAAGCCAAAGGCGGCGCCGCCGGCGCACAGAGGAGUCCAGGGGACAUGGGCGUUCUGUACGGCCGGGCGGUGCACGCCGCACUCGAGCCGUCGGGCCGCGCGGAGGAUCCCGCCGUGCCGGCCGGCGCCGGCCGCACCCAGCUCCAGGUGUCAAAGUGGACGGACACGCUGGAGCAGUACAGACAGGAGCUGCUUGAAGUGAAGGCCCGUGUCGAUGCGCUGAGGAAGAGGAUCAUCGUGCCCUACUUUCAUCCCGAAAACGACUCCUUGCGCGAGGAAAGCGUUGACCUCCGUUCCCGUCCAAAUGGUUUGCCCGUACCACCCCUUGACUCUCUCAGGCCAAGUUUGAGCGUGCCCACCACCGAGUCGGACGAUACGGACGACGACGCCUUCCGGAGCGACAUCCUAGCCCAAGAGGCCCACGAUGACAACAAAGCGGCACAGCCCUUGGAGCCAGUGUGGCCUUUGGACCCGGCCUUGGAGCCGGCCUUGGAGCCGGCCUUGGAGCCGGCCUUGGAGCCGGCGCGGCGACCCUUGAAGCCGGCGCGGCCCUUGGAGCCUUCUUAUCCUGCCAGUCACGCGGCGGUGGCAGCGAGGAGCAGCAGGACGUUUGGCGCCGCACCCGCCACCGCACCAGCAGCAGCCGUCCGUCCCAGGUCGCUCCAGGUGAAUGUGAGCGGGCAGCCCAGGCGGAGCGGCGUCAGACUGCCGCCUUCCAUUGUCAGCUGCAAAGCCUGCAGCGUCCCCAACCAUCACUUCCGCCGCGUGGAGGAGCCGGUGCGGCGCAGGUGUCGCGCCGUUUCGCUGGCCGACCCCAAAGUCAUCAGCAGAGGCUUUGAGCUGCGGCCGUCCAGAGUUGACUUUGGCCCGCUGAGGGACGGCGCGUCCUCCGUGGUCACGGUGGUCAUGAAGAACGUGGGCGUCGACACCUGCAGGUUCCACGUCAAGCAGCCUCCGGUCUCCACGGGCCUCCGCGUCAAGUACCAGCCGGGACCCGUGCCGGCGGGUUUGCAAGUUGAACUGGACGUCGAGCUGUACGCCAUGUGCGAGGAGGCGCUCCAGCUGGACGGGAAUCCCACCAAGUACAUCUCCCAGGACAUCAUCAUCCCCACAGAGACCGACAUCUUCUACCUACCCGUCACGGCCAAUAUCCUUCAAAGGCAGGCGUCGCCGCGGUCUGGACCGAGGCAGCCUUGCGGAGAGAUCCUUGACGCACGUGGCGUAGCCGUUCUUCCUGAGGCCUUCUACGACAUCUGGUUGAGAGAGCGCUCCGGUUGCGACAGCGGGAUCCGCGCCGGGAGGCCCAGACAGGCCCGCAGCCUCCCGGCGUGCCAGCGCCUGGGCCAGAACCCGCCGCAACGCGGCUCUCUUGAGCGCCGCCGCCGCCGCUGCUGCCUUCUCAGGGCACCAUAAACGCACAGCUAGUCUUUGAAGAGCACGCCAACGCAGGCAGCAAGCCGAACGUCACCCAAGCGUGCACGCACAAUAAAGCAGCGGUCGUAGCUUCCAUUCCAUUC